CGCCUCUUCUUCUCCAAUUCCCUCACAUUCCUCCACAUUUCAUCCGACUCCGUCUACCUCUCCCGCCCCGUCCCUUCCCGAAAAUUCCUCCUCGGCCCCUCCGAAAUCGCCGACGUUAUCGUCAAUUUCGCCGAUUCUCCCAGCCAGUCCGUCAUCCUCCUCAAUGACGCCUCCUACCCUUUCCCCACCGGAGACCAGCCGGACGAAUUCAGCGGAAAGGUGAUGAAAUUCAUUAUUUACCCCGGCAGCAAUAAUCAUCAAGACCCGUCGCACGUGCCAAAGCGGCUGCUGCCCCCGCCGCCUCCUCCUACGCCGGAUCACCGAGCAGCGGCGACGCG